CAGAAGCAGAAGCAGAAGCAGAAGGAGAAGCAGACGCAGAUGCAGUAAUGUAGGUAAUAAUGCAAUUCUUUCGCUUCCGGAACGGCAGGUCAACAACAAUGAGAGCGACGAUCAAUGAUGCUGCAUUGCUGCCAAGCAUCACGAGUGAGGAAGCAAUCAGAUUGUGAUCUAGGCCAACGCCAACACCAAUGCCACACUACCCUACCUGAUGGUAGUCCCGGCCGGGUCAGUAGUAGUCCAUCGAAGAAUUCAGGGACUUCUCCUACGGAAUACAAGCACGAAAAGGCAGGCGCCGUCCACCUGUCAAGUCAAUUCACCAGGAACGAGAUGCUUCCAAAUCGUCGUCCGCUCUGCCAGAAUGGACGUUCCAGCAUGUGCAAUUUGCUGGUCUGACAAAGUUGCACCGACCGAUAUUGCAGAUUGUCAGAGAUUGUCCAGGCUCGCCAGGCUUAUAUUUUCCAUGUUUUUCAUCCUUACUUCAAACUCGCUACCUUUGUUGCUGAUCCUCUCACGGAUCACCAUGAGGUGGGUGUUUCCAGUCGUGUGGUAGAUUCACUGCAUUUAGCUUUGGAGAAACGGUCGGCAAUUAGCGUCCUCCACCGGCUCUGUUGUCCCUAUUAAGCAUUAGCAGGACGCCGUUGAUGUACUGCACCAAUCUAUGAAAGCCACCUGCCAUUGCCGAACACAGCACACCUCAGUUCGUAUACUUAGCUUACAGCUCAUCAGCCUCCCCUGUUCGCAUCCCUAUCCCUAUCCCUCUCCCCAAUCUUGUAUGAAAGUGCCAUGGUGGCCAAGAGCAGGUGUCCGGGUUUAUAGCCUACAUGGACCUAAUAAUUCUAGGCUAAGUGACAUUUCCGUCAUGGUCACGUUCGGUGCAGACCGAGAACUUUUCUCAUGCUUGGUCUCGAAGCGUCCAGUACUACAUAUGCUAACCUUCCCACAUGCUUCUAUAACAGAUUGUCACGAUCGCUUCAAAAGAGUUUGCCGCCCGUUAUCAAGUCUGGAUCGGUCAAGAGGUGUUCGAGCAUUUCAUUCAACUCAAUUUCUUCUCCAUUAUAUCACCGUCAGCAACCAAGCAUGGAUGUUUCUGCAACAAAGAAUUUGUGAACUUUCUUGUCGCUACCCGUUGUCACAGCCAGAUGAAGUCCAUCAUCUGCUGUUAGCUUAUCCCCGUCCAGUGUCCUUGGUGUCGAUGCAUUUCGACCACUCUACCGAUGCAAGGAGGUCGGCGCGCCGAACCUCGUUUGCCAUUCAUAGCCCCAAGGCAACAGGUUCCGCCAUCUUCUCCACAGCCAGGGUUUGCAUCCUCCAGUAAUCCCCCAGCAGAGGGACGGAGAAGCAGGAUUCCUCCAAGAUCGAAGAGUGGUUGCUGGACCUGUCGAACUCGCAAGGUCAAAUGCGAUGAAGGACGUCCAACAUGCGGACAAUGUCAGCGUCUUGGUCACUCCUGUGAUUACAAUCCGAGAGUUUCAUUCAAAGACGAUACGCCGAGAAUAUUAGAACGAACACAGCAGGUCACCACGACAGGUAGCCAUGUUUGGGAUCCAAGUGUACAAGAUCAGGAGCCAAGAACCCGAGCAUCAGAAGACAUAUUACCACCUUUUUCAACACUAACGACCGAUGAUGAGCGGGAGAGGAAAGCAGAGUCUCAAGAUCCUGGAACAUUCGUAGUUGUUGCGAACUUAACGAGCUUUGCGGAUUUACCAGAAUAUCGGGAUGAAAGUCUUGGAAAUAUACGACGAGGGUCUACCUAUUCCGAAUACGAAGGCGAUACUGAUGGCCAGGCUUCAAUAUCUGGCAGCAUAGCAGAAGAGGCUGAUGAUCCCAAUGUAGUAAUCUUGAAGACGUUUGAGGAUCCGUUUCGGAGACCUUCCACGCCUUUGCCCUACAGACCGAGUGCAGCCUUAGUAUCACCUGCAUUAUCACUCUCAGCCAGCUAUAUACAAACACUGCCAAGGCGAGAUAGUUCAUACUUUGAUUCCAGCACAGUUUCUCUUCUGGACGCUGCUCGCCAUGGAGGAAAAGACGCCGAGUUGCUGCAUCAUUACCGAACGAUCAUUUCACCACAAAUCAUCGGCAUAGGGAAGAGUCAGGGAGACGAAGACUUGUUUGAAGUACAGGCUCGAGAGUACCCACCGCUUUUCCAUGCAAUGAUGGCACUCUCUGCUCUAAGUAUCGCACACAAGAAAGGUUCUCACGAUGCCCAUGCUUUAGAGCAUUAUCAGCAAGUCAUUCCGGCUCUGCAGAGCACAGUAAAAAGCACCCAAGACUCCUAUUCCGAUGGUGCAUUGUUGACACAUUUGGUCUUGCUCUUCUACGAGAUAUCCGCAAGGGAAUCAAAUAUGUGGCAGCACCAUUGCGAUCAACUUCUAAGGAUAAUUUCCAUGCGCCGACAAACACAAAGCAUUGACCAUUUCGACUUCAUUAUAUGGAUGAUCUACUGUAUCGAUGUCUACGCACUUUUGAGUGCGAGUGGUAUGGGAAUGUUUGUCGAGGUCGUUCUCAAACAGAAUAUGCUGCCACUACCAGAACGAUGUUUGCUGCCAGAGAGAGUUGGACAACCUCAGGUCAUUUACCCUGAAGAACAAAGUUACUUCCCAGAAGUAAUCAGUAUCAACCAAGAGAUCAUCCUUAUUGCACUUGAAGCGGGUCGCCUUGGCAGAGCCCUGAGAGCAGAAGCCGAUCAACGACGUUUCGGAAACGCUUCCCCUGGCCUCGAAGAUACAUACCAAAUGAAACGAUACGAUAGGAUUCAAAACCUUCAUCAAAUACUGCAUGAUUCGAGAAUGAAGUGGAGAUCUCAAUUCCCAGACUAUUGGACCUGGCUAAGAUCUCCGGAAAACCUUCCACCUAGAGUCUUCGAAUGGGUGGAACAUGUACGUCAUGAUCUUCUCAAGUUGUACACUGGCUGACAAGUAUAGUCAUACCUGCUUUUCCGCGUCUGUAUCCUCUACACGCAUACCAGCAUGUAUUCAGGUCAGCUAGACCACCCAGAGCCCGACACCGAAGCCCACAUUAAUGCAUGCUGCGCCGAGAUCCUCCAUGCCGUCAGCAUAAUACUUUCUAAAGAACGAUUUGACUUGCGAUUUAUCGUAUUCCCGUUAUUUAUGGCAGGCUUUUGUACACGCAACCUAGUAGAGAAAAACACAGCCCUGAGAUUCAUGAUGGAAGUCGAGAAACAUGGAUAUGGCGGAAGUACGGACAAUGUGCGGAGGCUCCUGCAGACCAUAUAUGAGAAGCAGCGUAUCGCUGUCAUGCAGACGGGUAAUGCGAACUCGGUGGAUUGGAUAGACGAGAUGGAGCAGAGCGGACAUCGGUUGAUUAUGUACGGGUUAUAAAUAGGUAUGCCUGGGCAUACCAAUAGAUUCAAUGGAAGUGGAAGUGGGGAGAGAUGUGUAGUUUGCUGGACGGAGGCAUGGAAACAAUUUCGAGGCAUUUUGGCACUUGAUACCCAUUUGGAGAUUUGGUUUGUUAAUGAGCAAUCAGAAGAUGCGGAUAUAAAAAGCUUCUUCCACUCUUUAUCUUCCUCCCUGUGAGUGCCAAGGUGAAGUUCCCAUUGACUGGUAAGUAAACAAUGAAGCGAACACUGGUGGUGUUAUAUAAAAGGCAACAGAUUUUGCACGGCUGUAGGUUUUCGGUAUUGAUUGAAG